CUAACUUUCCUCGCAACAUCCCUGAUACCUUGAACCCUAAGAACUUUUGCGGAUCUUUCUCUUGGUCCAAAUGAAGAGCAAGGCUCUUCCCAACUGAAUGGUUGCGUGUCUGAUCUCUGCAAACCAUUAUAACGACAUCGACUUGCAUUUCUUUCGGCGAAAUGUCACCUCUUCUGAGCCCAUACAUUGUUCAACUAGAUGGCGCUACUUAGGCAUCCCGCGUACUUGGUACCUCCUGGAAACUCGCCUCCCUUUGCUGCGGUGACAGAACAUGAUCAUGCAGCAUGGGUCAUCAUUGCGACUGCAUUAGGUCUUUCUUGGAGCCUCACGUUCGGAGUGAUGAGGCUCAUAGUCCGAGCCACUACUAGACAACGGCACGGUUAUGAUGACUAUGCUCUUGCAAUAUCAACAUUCCUGGCUGUCAUUCAAUCCGCGAUCGUACUCGGUGCUUGCGCGAAUGGCCUUGGCAAAUCAAUCCAUCUUUUAACGCCUGAUCAGAUUGAGAAGGUGCAACAGAUGACAUACACGGGAAUGCUCUUUUGGAUUCUGUCCAUCGGCGCGUCGAAGCUAUCUGUUGCACUCUUUCUGCUCCGCCUGACUCCAGUCUGUACCCACAGAAGAGUCUAUCAAACCUUCAUUGCAAUCCUCGUGGUCUGGAUUAUCGUGUAUAUUUUCGCUUUCGCUUUACAGUGCGAUCUAUCUGAGCCUUGGAUCACUAUCGGCGCAAGUUGUCCUGGAGUGUACGAACGAUGGCAGACAUUUUGUGCCUUGGACAUCUUGUCUGAGAUCGCACUGGUCUGUAUGACUGUCUAUCUAGUCUGGGAUCUCAAGAGCUCGACAUCCGCCAAAGUAAAGAUCAUCUUUGCCUUUAGUUUCCGUCUUCCUCAAAUCAUUGCCAUCGCCUACAGACUCAAGACAUUCCCCUUGGAUGGAUUACUGACGGAUCCCACCCUCACGGAAAGUGAACUCGUUGUGUGGACACAGACAGAACUCAACUACUCCCUCAUGUCAGCCACAAUCCCCUGUCUCCGAACCUUCGUCAGCAGUCUCUCCACCAACUACGGCUCCAUCCGCGACCCAAAAGCCGCCCACACAUUCACCUUCUCCGACACCGUCACUAGCCGCACCCACUCCGACGCCGCCAUGGCCAGCCAAAGCUUUCAAAUGAACACCUUGAAAUCUGUCGAGCAGGCUCACACUUCCACACAUGUACCUGCCACGCUGCAAGAAGAGGAUGGGUAUAGUUAUGGUAUCAGAGGGCCUACGCCUGGAGGCGCUGAGAGCGUGAAGGCGAGAGAUGUGGUUAGAUUGCCUAGUAUGCAGAAGGAUAAUGAGAGUACGGAUAGGACUAGCAUGGGGAGUAAUGAUAGUCAGAGGAUGAUCAUUAAGAAAGAGGUCACGUGGACUUUUGAGAGGAAUAAGGAGUGGUAGAUAUGUUGUUAAGGAGUGUAUUGG